UUAGCAGGACGGACCGGCCGGGCUUUGCUCCGUCCCUCGUUUCCUUGAGAAUAAUGUGGCGGAGGGGCAUCCUGGUCCCCGGGGGCGUCUGUGCGGGGCUUCUGUGCCGGGGCUCCCUGGGGAAGGGCGUCCUGGCCUCGGAGAGUAAGGCACACAAAUUCUUGGGCACCAGCUCUGUCUUUUGUACCAAGGAGGAUAAACCAGUCAAUUAUGCUGAUACAAAGACUUCACCAAGCCAGGAGAAGAAAACACCAGCAACUGCAAAGAAGAACUUGCUGAACAUCAUUAGUGAAAUGAAAGUUGAAAUAAGUUCAAAGAAGAAGUUCCAGAUGCUGAAAGCUCGGAAGACUGAGGCUCAAGCAAAGGAUUUGCCAGAACAUGUGGAGACUGCAAGCAGCAUGUUCCAGAAAGCUGCAGAAGAGAAAGCUAAGAGCAGCAAGGACCUCAAUCCAGAGCUGGUGGCAGCAGCCUCUGCAGUUGCAUCUUCUCUGCCUUUUGAUAGGAAAAGGACUGUGUCAGAAUUGGUUCAGCUGCUGAAAAAGCACAAGGAAGUCACUGAUGCACGUAAAAGUGGGGAAGCCCCUGACAUAAGCAACAUCGUUACGAACAUGAAGAUUGGGAGAAAGCCACCAGCACGGGAUGCUUUUAGGGCAUCCAAUCAAAUUCAGUUUGACGACGACGGGCGAGGUUAUACGGUUGAAAGAAGUGUUCUUCGUGAUAACAAUAGACUGAAAAGGAGAGGGGUAUAUUCUGGAAGAAGACUUAAUAUCUUCACUCCUGCUUCUAAAAUGGAGGGAACAGGGGAAGCAGUGACAACACCAACGCUUUGGGAUCUGGAACUUGCAAAAGAAAUUGAAGCAGUUGCUCAGCAGCCCCCUCAGAAUGGUUUUGAGGAGAUGAUACAGUGGACAAAAGAAGGAAAACUUUGGGAGUUCCCAAUUAACAAUGAAGCUGGACUUGAAGAUGAUGCUGAAUUUCAUGAGCAUAUAUUUUUGGAUAAAUAUUUGGAAGACUUUCCCAAAGAAGGACCAAUUCGCCACUUUAUGGAGCUUGUGACUUGUGGACUUUCCAAAAAUCCAUAUCUAAGUGUUAAAGAAAAGGUAGAACACAUUGAAUGGUUCCGGGAUUACUUUAAGGAAAAGGAAGAGUUACUUAAGGAAAUUGAAGCACAUGAAAAGGAAAUGUUGAUUCAAAGAGAAAACCUAUCAAAGUGAGAACAUUUUAAAGAACACCACAGUGGCUUUAUGUAAAUAUACAUUGGAUGGUUACAAAAUCCAAACUGGAUUAAAGAUGACUGUAUAAAAGUUCUUUAAAACUGUCACUGCUAUUUUAGACGAAGAUGGUGGUCUGUAAGUUACAGUAAACAACACUGGCAAAUAUUUUCUUUUUUGAGAUUGUUCAAGGAAGCUAUCAUUUGUUCACUCCUUUAAUUGUCUCAAUAUAAUAUUUUCCAUUUUGAAAACUAUGUAUGGAAGUGAAUUGAAUCCAAUGAACAAAAGAGACUAUAGUGAUAUUAUAUAAAUGAUCACUGGUAAUUCAUAUUCAUGGUUUGCCAAAACUUGACUUUUGAAGAUAAACAUUUGCCAUUGUGAU